AUGGCUAUUGGAGAUCUAAAGACCCGAUUACGCGCCAAGUUCUCUCGCCGAUCAUCCACGGCGUCGUCGCUGUCCAGCGUUGAUGUAGAUGGCGAAGUUUCGGACCAGACUCACAACAAUUCUCCAAGUCACAAGCUCCUCACCGCAACACCUCGCGCGCGCUCCAUCAGGUCUCGUGGCAGUCCGACACAGGGAAAACGACCGGCUUCGACGCUCGGGGGAAUCACAAUUGAUGAGGGCACUGAAGAUGCGGGUUUAGGAGAGGGGGAACAGCUCCAGUUAUAUGGUGAGGACGGGGGCGUGCCUCUGAACGCUGGCAGCGGCAGCGAUCAUCUGCGCGAGUCAAUGACAACGACAUCUACUACAGCAGCAGCAGCAGCAACGACGCCAAUCUCAAAAUCAAAACCCCCACCGGCGUGCGACAGGAAAUCCCCGGACGAGCAGAACAAGCACGAUAGCACGUCGACGGAUUUUCCAACGCCGAAUACUGAUAUCGGCAUCCCUGCUGUUCCUGAAGAAGAUAGCGAGGAGGCCGAUAACACCAAUAACAACAAGGAAACGCAGCAGCAGCAACGCAAGGGAUCCCAUAUCGAUUUCACAUUCAGCAGAGCUUCCACAAGCCCGUCUGCUGCGUGCCAACCCUUGCCCUUGCCCUCGCCCUCGCCCUCGCGCCCUACAGAGCUCCCCCGACGACAGAGCUUGCUGCCGCACCAGCAAACGCGCCUGAUCAAAACGCUGCUGGAGACGGAAUUGCCCCCGACGGCGAGAGCUUCGAAUAACCACCACGACUACUUUGCACACAUCGGCCCCUCGACCAUCAGCGCGAAUAUGGUUAGCAGGAAGAUCUGGGUGAAGCGGCCGGGGGCGUCGGCUACGCUCGUUACCAUACAUGAAGAUGAUUUGGUCGAUGAUGUGAAGGAUAUGAUCUUGAAGAAAUAUGCAAAUUCGAUGGGCAGGAAUUUCGACGCGCCUGAUUUGACCCUGAGGAUAUGUCCGCGGGAGCAGAUGCAGGAGAGGACUUUGGGCCCUGAGGAACCGAUGGGCAGGACUCUUGAUGCGUAUUUUCCUGGUGGUCAGACUGUGGAUGAGGCGCUUGUUAUUGAUGUGCCCCUGAGGAGGACACCAAAGCCUUCACCGCAGGCAGGUAGGGGACAUUAUGAUGAUGGAAGACCGUUAGAGGGUGGUUCGGAUUAUUUCCCUCCCAUGCCAGCCGCAGUUCCUGCUAUCCCUUCGCCACUUGUUGCAAACAGCGUGCCUGUUAAUGGGCAAGGCAGCUCCCAUCAUUCUAGUUUGACCACACAUUCUAUGUCUGUCUUGUCAACCGGUCAUGUCCCCGCAUUGCCAUCGCCUGGAAGUAGGAGAUCGCAUACACACCAUAGACCGGAUAGGCCACGAAUAGGUCGGCAGCACACUUCUUCACCCGUUAUCUUGGGUAGCCAAGCUACGGGAAGCAAUGAACAGUCAAGCAUCCCAUCUGCUCCAUCUCCACUUCCCACACCACCCCCAGCUCCACAACCCGAAUUGGCACAGAUCCAACGUGUCGCCACUCCUCCCCCACGAGUCUCAUCUCCUCGGCCUCGAAAUGUCGGCCGCAAGAGGAGUAGGAAAGUAAAUGGAGAACACCCAUCCUUACCAACAGGCAUGCUCAACGGCGCCGUCCCACCAAUCAACGUCCUAAUAGUCGAAGACAACAUCAUCAACCUCAAGCUCCUAGAGGCAUUCAUGAAACGCCUCAAAGUGCGCUGGCAAACCGCCAUGAACGGCAAAGAAGCCGUGACGAAAUGGCGUGCAGGUGGCUUCCAUCUCGUGCUCAUGGAUAUCCAACUCCCCAUCAUGAGCGGUCUGGAAGCUACGAAGGAGAUCAGACGUUUGGAGAGUUUGAAUAGCAUUGGCGUUUUUAGCAGCUCGGCGUCUUCGUCUGCGCCCUCGCAAGGGGAAAGUCUAGAUGAGCCCGAGGGAGAGGAUAAGCUGCCUUCUACGGUGCAUUUUAAAUCGCCUGUUAUCAUUGUAGCGCUUACAGCGUCGUCACUUCAAUCUGAUAGACAUGAAGCUCUUGCAGCAGGCUGCAAUGAUUUCCUCACUAAGCCCGUCAACUUCGUCUGGCUCGAGCGUAAAGUCAUGGAAUGGGGUUGCAUGCAAGCGCUAAUCGACUUCGACGGCUGGCGCAAAUGGAAGGAUUUCAGCCAGAAGAAAACCGCCGAGGCUGAAGCUGGCGAGGAUAAGAAGAGUGCCUUGGGCGCCGGUGGUAAGGGGAAGGGAAAGAAGGGUAAUAGAGUCCAUUCGAGGACUCCUUCGGGGGCUAAUGGUGGUGGUGGUGACAAUAGGGUGAAGGAGAAGGGGGAGAAAGCAUGA